AUGUCGUCAAACUCGAAGCCAAAAAGCCCUGCGCAGACAUCCAGAAAGCGACCCCUUACACGUUCAGAAGAGGAGAAUGCGGAGAAUGUGGAGGAGGUUCAGAAAAGGAUGCGCCUCUCGACGGCCCUUCAAUCAACAUUAUUGGAACUCGGCGAUCUCUACAAGCAGCAGGAGAAGCGGAUCGAAAAGGCCGGACCGAUUCGUCGAUGCUUCAUGGCCUUGUUCAACACCAGCUAUAUCGGCAUUAACGCUGACAAGGAAGGCUGGUGCGGGCAAGAGGGCAAGAAGCGCACAGAGCAACACACUUCAAGAAGGCGCUCAUCACGGCGUACGACGCGGGUCAACCUCGGCCGGGCGACGGCAAGCCGCUACACUUCCGUCCAACUUCCGACCACCGCCCGAGAGCUCGCUAUCUUUACUUCCUCUACGUCUCAGCCAUUUUGA